AAUCCCAAGGCCCCCAUGCUUCUCCCAUUACCUCCCACUGAGAGGGUUCCUGUUCUCUGCGAGCUCUCCCAUCCUGGGGAUCCCCCCCAACAAAGCCCUGGGGAGUGCCCACCGAGGGCAAUACAGGUGGGUUUGGAGGGCGGAGGUAGGAAAAUCCCAGAUGUUGGCAGGACUGGCUUUCUCCAAGACCUGAGUUUCUGCCCCAGCAGCCACCCUCUGGGAUAGCGUGAGGCGGGACUCCUUCCCACUUUACAGAUGCGUAGACUGAGGCCCUGAGAGUCAUGUGGCUAGUCCAAGGUCAAACUCAAGGGAGUGACAGCCUAGGCUAGAAGCUGGUCUCUUCAUUGCCCAACUGAGGCUGGAGGGAGGCUCAAGUCCCUUGAGAUCUGUGCAAAACCUGAGCCCCGCCCCCCCUGCCCCCGACCUCCCCAGGUAGCAGAGAAGCCCAGCCCUGGAGUCGCAGACCUGGUUCAAAUCCUGGUUUUGUCUUUGCAUGAACUGUGUGAUCUGAGCAAGUCAUGAAUUACUCGGGCUUCGAUUUCCUUAUCUAUAAGAGGGCGACGAGCUGGCCUCCUUCACUCAGCCAUGAGCAAAUAUUUAUUGAGCACCUACUGGGAGAAGCAGGGCCCUUCCUCGGGAACUCAGUCCAGAGGUAGCAGCAGCAGUUAUGAUUCCGGUUGUGAUGGAGGAAGUGCAGGGAGCUGUGGGGACCCAUAGGAGAGGCGCCAGCCAGGUGGGUCGGAGAGAGCAGGACGGGCAGCGGCUCCCGCAGGACCACGUGGGCCGCGUUCUGGAUGCUGUUGGAAUUUUCCCAGAUCAGCCGCAGCCAACGAAGGCUUUCCAGCAGGGGAGUGCUAUGCUCAGGUUGACGUUCUAGAAAGCUCAUCCUCUGCUGGGUUUGGAGUGGGGAGGUAGGGUUGGAGGUAGAGAGGCAGCAGGAGCAGUGGGGCAGAGGGCCAGCACCAAGGCGGCAGUGGGGGCAGCCGGGCAGGUGUGGCUGCCUCUCACCGGGUCUGGGAACUGCAAGAGAAGUGGGGGAGGAGGGGGAAGGGGCCGUGGGAGAUUAGCCCAAUCGUGGAGGUGGACAUGGAUGAGUGAGUUUCAGGUGCCAGGGAAGGCCGCCCCCCCGGAAGGCUGCUGGGUAUGGUGGUUUGGGUAUGGUCAGCCCAGAGCUGACAUUAGAAACCUUGGUGGGAGGGGGGCGCUGAUGGGCUCUUGGGGUGGGGGAGGGGGAAGCAGGUUUGAGAAGGGCAGUGAGCAGGGACCAGGACAUCAGGGGAGGCCACUGCUUGGCGUACAAGCAGAGGAGCCCGAGGGGACACAGCCUAGGAGGUCUCAGGAAAGCAGAGCUGCAGGUCCCCAGCCCGGGAAGGAGGUGGCGGGGCUUAGGUCUGCGGAGGGAUUUCAGAAGGCGGCGUGUCAGGCUCUGUGCCCUGCACCGUUGCAGAGGAGGUGCCUGGGAGGGUCAGCUCCUGAAUCUUUUCACCCGAAGGCAGAAGCUGAGUUUCUGUCCCUUGCCCUCCUAGGGAGGAGGAGGCUGCAGAGGGGGAAGUUUUCAGGGAAGGAGGACAAGGGAAAAACAUUUGCAUGCAUGACAAGGCUGAAGUGAGAGAGAGAGAAAGGGGGAGAAAGAGAGGAAGAGAAAUUACCAUACACCAGGAUCUUGUUAUUCAAGCUAAUUUUCAAAGGACCACAGCUGUCACACUGAGAUAAUUCGUUAAUUAUAACAGCCAUUGUGCUUUGGCAGUGGGAGAGGAAACCGAGGCCGGGGAACAGGCUGAAGGUGGGGGUGGGAGCAGGCCGCUGGGGGGCCUGGACUUCAGAGAGGGGACAGGGAAAGAGGCGAGGAGAGGUGCAUUACCCUCAGUACUGAAAGGAAGACUGCCAGGUCAGGCCCUGUCCCUCCUCACUGUCAUUGUUGCGGUGCAGGCCUGUGCCACGUGCCAUGCACCAGCCUCCCACAGCGACACCUGCAGGAGGCAGCUUCCUGGCGUAGUGACUGCCCAGACCCUGGCCUGUGGCCGUCCCCUCUGCAGCACGCUGAGCUGGUGCCCUUCUCGUCGCACUUUACAGAAGAGGAAACUGAGACCCAGGGAGGACUAGCUUGCCAGGACCGGGGGUGAGGUGGCAUAGCCUGAUUCGAGCUGAACGUGGACCCUGCACUUCGGCAGCACGCUAGGGAGGGCCGGUCUUGGUGGACUGGCCACGUGGAGUUGGCAGACACAGGAGCUGUCACAUAAGAUAGCCUCACGUUCGGCCUGUGGUUUCUGCCCAGCCGGUAGUCCUGGGGCGGCCCUCCCCCGGGAGUUUCCGGGGCUCCGUGGCGACCCCUCUGCGGACAGAGCCUCCUUGUUCUCUGAUGCUGCAGCUGCAGGCCCCCCGUAGCCUCGCAGGCGGCUGUCAGUCUGGGCUGGGCUCUCCCACCUGCUCCGGAGAAAGUGGCUCUCAGGGCGGGGGGAGGGAAUUUGGACUGUCCCAGAUGGUGUCUAUACUGACCCCUUGCCACUGUCUGGUUAGAGGUUGGGAGGUGACAGAAGGUGAAUGGGAUUUCUCAGCUUGGGGCUGGAGGGCCUGGAGGGCUCCAGGACCCUGGGUGCUGAGGCCUGGUAGAGACAGGGGGCUGGGGAAGGCAGGCCCAGGUGAGCAGAGUGAGGGACCCUAAGUCCGUGGGGAGAAGGGUGGGGCCCAGAAGUCAUUCCAGAAACCCCAGGUCCCCUUGAGCUUCAGUGUGGCUUCAGGAACUCAGGUCCUGGCGUUCACAGCCUAGAGACAGCACCUAGGCUAGGCCAGCUGGUGGCGUUCUGUGGGGGUGGGAAUAGUGUCUGGGAGAGGGUACCCCUCAAACCCCAGAAGGACCCCCAAACUUGGCCCAGACAGCGUUGUUGGCAGGGGAGCAGUGGGCCCCAAAGGGCAACAGGUGGGCCUAGGGUGGUCGUGUGGGGGCCCCCUUGGCUUGGGGAGGGGGACUUCUCCCCAGUUGAGCUGCUUGGAGCCAAGGGGAAGCUGUCAGAGUCACCAACCUGUAGAGUUGGUGACUCAUGGAGGCCAAGACACAGGAGACUUUUAGGACCAAGCAAGUGACAGAUACACCCUAGAACCCUCAACCCAGACUCCCCGAAUGACAGAUCCACACUGUUGGUGUCCUGGUGCUAAAAUACAAGAGCCAUGGGUCAGGAGGACAGGGGAUGGGGUUCCAGGUCAGUCAGGGCCAAGUGCAGGAGGCAGGGACUGGGGCAACCCUGGGUCCCUGGCUGAGAGGCUCAUAGGAUUACCCCGACAGGCUGGGGCUCUGCUUGUCCCCACUCGGGGCUUCCCCCUUGUGGCUGGCCUCAUAAACUCCAGGGUGCAGGGGUCAGCUGGCCACCCAAGCCAGAGAGGCAGGGAGGAGCCUGGACGCAGCCCCGCGGUGCCACUGCCGUCCCUCCAGGGAUGCGGACCCGGGAAGCCAGAUCUUCCCCGUUUCUCAGUGGAUUCCAGAAAUGGGGAUUUUUGAAACAAAAUCUGCCAAGUUUUCAAUAUUGGCAACUGAUUUUAAAAAUGUGAAAACCACCACCCAGCUGAGACAGGAUCCCACUGCGUCUCUCGAACAGAGCCCGGGGGCGUGGAGGGUGGAAGCCACUGCGUAGCAGCUGUGAGACAUCAGUUUCCUCAUCUGCAAAGUGGGAAUAGUGGCAGUGCUUUUAAGAUGUUUAAAGUUGACUCAGGAUUAAAUGAGUUAACGUGGGAAGUGCGGAGGCCCAGCCGGUGCAAGCACUGAAGACUCUUCACCUUGUCGGAGGCUGCCCAUCCCUCCCCGGGCCACCUCUCAGGGGGCUUCGCUCUCUGCCACUGGAGCCUCCACUUCCCCCUGGGGGCCCCCACAUGCCCUGCCCCUGUCUUGGGACAGCCCUGAGGAUGCUGGAGGGCAGGGAAGCAUUUGCCCCUUGGGACCCUGGAGGAGGAGCAGGCGGAGGAGGCAGAGCUGGGAGAGCGGGCCUAGCCGGUGCCUGGUACAUAGUAGGUGCUCCAUAAAUGUUUAUUGAAUGAAUGAAUGGAGGCCGUGCAGGCAGAGGCAGCCGUGCUGCGCAGGCACUGGUGAAAGAGCGGGUCCAGUGGAGACUGGCCUUGACAGAGUAGGUACUAAAGAUGACUGUGGCACCUGUGAGCAGGGGAGGCACGGGGACCAGGAACCAGGUGCAGAUGGGUCUCUUCCUUCCUGCCCCCGUCUCUCUCACUCCCUGCUCAGUGCGCGCUCUCCAGCCGCCUAUGGGAAUCGUCUGAAGUUCUGAGCCCAGAAGCCAAGGAGGAAGAGGAGGAGGAGGAGGAGUGAGAGGAGGUCAAUCCCUGAGAACCUGUGCACCUUCUCAGCAGGAGACAAGGAGCCACACUGUGAGGGGAGCAGGCUGUGGGGCCCCCACCCUUAGCAGGCCUAGUGCCUGCCGCAGCACCCCAGAAGGCCCCCAGGAGUUGGCACUAGCUGUACCCACCUUGCCUGGGGCCCCCGUGCUGGGGGUCGCCCCCAAGAUGGUGACGGCCCCGGGGAGGACUGUACUGCCAGCCCCGGGCUGUGGCCACUAGGCACCACCCCCCCAUGCCUCGCCCUGCCCCUCACUCCGAGGCCCGCGCCAUGCUGCGCCUGGGGCUGUGUGCAGCGGCGCUGCUGUGCGUGUGCCGGCCCAGCGCCGUGCGCGCCGACUGCUGGCUCAUCGAGGGCGACAAGGGCUACGUGUGGCUGGCCAUCUGCAGCCAGAACCAGCCGCCCUACGAGACCAUCCCACAGCACAUCAACAGCACCGUGCACGACCUGCGGCUCAACGAGAACAAGCUCAAAGCCGUGCUCUACUCCUCCCUCAACCGCUUCGGGAACCUCACCGACCUCAACCUCACCAAGAACGAGAUCUCCUACAUCGAGGACGGGGCCUUCCUGGGCCAGUCGAGCCUACAGGUCCUGCAGCUGGGCUACAACAAGCUCAGCAACCUGACGGAGGGCAUGCUGCGGGGCAUGAGCCGCCUGCAGUUCCUCUUCGUCCAGCACAACCUCAUCGAGGUGGUGACGCCCACCGCCUUCUCCGAGUGCCCCAGCCUCAUCAGCAUCGACCUGUCCUCCAACCGCCUUAGCCGCCUGGACGGCGCCACCUUUGCCAGCCUCGCCAACCUGAUGGUGUGUGAGCUGGCCGGCAACCCCUUCAACUGUGAGUGCGACCUUUUCGGCUUCCUGGCCUGGCUGGUCGUCUUCAACAACGUCACCAAGAACUACGACCGCCUGCAGUGCGAGUCGCCACGGGAAUUUGCCGGCUACCCGCUGCUGGUGCCCCGGCCCUACCACAGCCUCAACGCCAUCACCGUGCUCCAGGCCAAGUGCCGGAACGGCUCACUGCCUGCCCGGCCCGUGAGCCACCCCACGCCCUACUCCACCGACGCCCAGAGGGAGCCGGACGAGAACUCGGGCUUCAACCCCGACGAGAUCCUCUCGGUGGAGCCGCCGGCCUCGUCCACCACGGAUGCGUCCGCGGGGCCCGCCAUCAAGCUGCACCACGUCACCUUCACCUCGGCCACCCUGGUGGUCAUCAUCCCACACCCCUACAGCAAGAUGUACGUCCUGGUGCAGUACAACAACAGCUACUUCUCCGACGUCAUGACCCUUAAGAACAAGAAGGAGAUCGUGACGCUGGACAAGCUGCGGGCACACACCGAGUACACCUUCUGCGUGACCUCGCUGCGCAACAGCCGCCGCUUCAACCACACCUGCCUGACCUUCACCACGCGGGACCCCGUCCCCGGCGACUUGGCACCCAAAACCUCCACCACCACCCACUACAUCAUGACCAUCCUGGGCUGCCUCUUCGGCAUGGUCAUCGUGCUGGGGGCUGUGUACUACUGCCUGCGCAAGCGACGCAUGCAGGAGGAGAAGCAGAAGUCCGUCAACGUCAAGAAAACCAUCCUGGAAAUGCGGUACGGGGCCGAUGUGGAUGCCGGCUCCAUCGUGCACGCUGCCCAGAAGCUGGGUGAGCCCCCCGUGCUGCCUGUGUCUCGCAUGGCCUCCAUCCCCUCCAUGAUUGGGGAGAAGCUGCCCACCGCCAAGGGCUUGGAGGCUGGGCUGGACACGCCCAAGGUGGCUACCAAGGGCAACUAUAUUGAGGUGCGCACAGGGGCCGGCGGGGACGGCCUGGCUCGGCCGGAGGAUGACCUCCCGGACCUCGAGAACGGCCAGGGCUCCGCUGCGGAGAUCUCCACCAUUGCCAAGGAGGUGGACAAGGUCAACCAGAUCAUCAACAACUGCAUCGACGCCCUCAAGCUGGACUCGGCCUCUUUCCUGGGAGGCGGCAGUGGCAGUGGGGAUCCCGAGCUGGCCUUCGAGUGCCAGUCCCUCCCUGCAGCUGCUGCCGCCUCCUCAGCCACUGCCCCCGGGCCGCUGGAGCGGCCCAGCUUCCUUUCACCUCCCUACAAGGAGAGCUCCCACCACCCGCUACAGCGCCAGCUGAGCGCCGACGCGGCCGUGACCCGCAAGACCUGCAGCGUGUCUUCCAGCGGUUCCAUCAAGAGCGCCAAGGUCUUUAGCCUGGACGUGCCUGACCACCCGGCCGCCACGGGGCUGGCCAAGGGCGACUCCAAGUACAUCGAGAAAGGCAGCCCUCUCAACAGCCCGUUGGACCGGCUCCCACUGGUGCCAGCGGGCAGUGGUGGGGGCAGCGGCGGGGGCGGGGGCAUCCACCACCUGGAGGUAAAGCCAGCCUACCACUGCAGCGAGCACCGGCACAGCUUCCCCGCCCUCUACUACGAGGAGGGCGCCGACAGCCUGAGCCAGCGCGUGUCCUUCCUCAAGCCGCUGACCCGCUCCAAGCGUGACUCCACCUACUCACAGCUCUCCCCCAGACACUACUACUCAGGGUAUUCCUCCAGCCCCGAGUACUCAUCCGAGAGCACGCACAAGAUCUGGGAGCGCUUCCGGCCCUACAAGAAGCACCACCGGGAGGAGGUGUACAUGGCCGCUGGCCACGCCCUGCGCAAGAAGGUCCAGUUCGCCAAGGAUGAGGAUCUGCACGACAUCCUCGAUUACUGGAAGGGGGUCUCAGCCCAGCAGAAGCUGUGAGCCCCUGCUCCCUGGUGAGGUCGGAGCCAGAGCGCUGGGGGCCCUCUGGGGGAAGGGUCCGGGCGGCCAGGGCGGGGAAGCUGACUCGGUGGCUGAGGCGCAGGAGAGGACGCACACGCAGACCCGCACGCACGCACGCACACACACACCUGACCACCACCCGACUGUGAACAAAACAACAUAUGACAAUAACGGACAGGAAAACAAAGACACAUCUUCCUUAAAGUUUACAAACUGAUACCGAAACCAGUCGUCUUUACUGUGCUGCCCAGGGACUCUGCUGGGGGUUGCAGGGCCGGGGGCCGGGGACCGGCAGGGGGAGGAAGGAAGCCAAGAGAGGGUGUGGGGUCUGGGGGUCUGGGGCUAGAAACAGGUGUGUGGACCAAGAAGGCCAGGGUAGAGAGAGACUGAAGCCCCUCUGGGGCAGAGGGAGGCUCUCCUCCCAAGCUGGGGGUCAGGUCUCUUGAAGAUUUAGCAUUAGACAGGCAUUGGGCAUUGUCUCCCUCCACUUUAGAGAGAGGGGGAAACUGAGGCCCGGAGAGGGGAGUUGACAAUCCCAGGGUCACAUAGCAGCUUAGCCUCAAGUCCCUCAACUUCCCAGCCCAGUUCUGUCCCCAACCCCCCCACCCCACAGCUGCCUUGUGGGAACCCACCUGCCCCAUGCCCAACCCCCGACACCCCCUUCCAACCUGUGGUCCCUUGGGGCUGAGGGACUUGCGAGUCAGGCAGGUGCUUUUUCUUCCUAGAAAGCCACAUGGCAGUGCCCCCAGAGCGUGCAGCUGUGAUUCAGAAUCCUGGGGGGCUCUUGUCCCCUACGCUAGCACCCGGGAGAAGGGAGAGGGUCCUGUUGAUGGGGAAGGAGCCGAGGCAGGGCGACAUUCCACCAGCCCACUUCAAGUGUCUUCCAUGUGGCCUGGGAAGAGUGGGGCGUGUGGCGGCAGGCCGGCUCCCAGGACAUCUCAGGUGCAGCCCCCGCCCAGCUUCUCUGAUCCUCCGAGACCCCCGCCCACCGCAGAAGUACAGCGGUGCACUGUGAUGCCUGGGGGGCUGCAGGGAGGAGGUGUCGUGGGGACAUCCUGCCCGUCCCCGUGGCCUGCAUCCCCACCUGCCUGACCCCAUCGUGGGAUCUCGGCUCCUGUCUCAGCCGACCAGGGAAGGAGGGCUUUCUCACUCACCCCCUCUCGGCUGCUCUUCGCAGCCUGUCCCCCUGGCCAGAGGGGCUCCCAAGUUUCCAUGGCAACGGCCACUCCCCUCUUUCUGACCCCCAGCCAACAUCAAACAAAGCACAAACAGUGAGGCACCCUGCUGGUCUGGGAGGGGUAGGGAGCAGGCUGGGUUCGUGGCGCCCCGCCCCCUCCCAGCCAUCCUCUGUCGCCAUGGUAACCCUGUGCCUGGCAGUUGGUGCCCAGAGUGACCGUUGGGCUCUGGGGCUCUCUGUCCAUGUGGGUGGUGGCAGUUGGUGGUGGGGGAGGACCAGCCUGGCAGGAGCUCCUGGGGCCAGCUCUUUUGGGAGGCAAAUCUGGGGUCCUGAGAUUGGGAUCUUAACCAGUCGGGAUGCUGAGGGGCGGGAGUCCAUCAUCCUUCACCUCUGGGUGGGAGCUGGGCCGGUGGGGCGUGGGGAAGCCUGUACUAGCAACUUUGCCCGCCUGAUGACGUGCCCCUCGGCUCCCACCCACCUCAGCAUGGGAGGGGGGACUCGGCUCUCCCCACGCCCCUGCCAGAGAUCCCUAACCUUGGGGCUGUGGCCCACAUGGGUUUCCUGAGAUUCGGAGAGUAUGAUUGAGGGGUGAGGGUAGGGGCUGGGGUGGGACAAGACGGGCAGUGUUGGUGGGGAGGGACUGACUGGGAAAGUGAGUGCCAUCCUUGGGGGGGCCCCAACCAUCUUCCUGCUGGGGGCAAGGGGUCCAGGGGGACAGCGGAGGGCUGGGAGGCUCAGGGUCAGCUCAGCACCUCUCUCAUCCCGACUGUGGGGUGAACAAAGCCCAGGGCUCACUUUGGGGGUGACAUUUGCAAAGAAAAGACUGUUCUCCCUGGGGCGAGGAGGGGGGUGCGGCAUGGACGCUUGGAGUAGACCUCCCUCCCCCGGUCCCCCAAACCUGCCCCAACCCCUCCUCACACCCAGUUGGCACAACUGACAACAGCAAACAGGCGGAGAAGCCAGGGGUGUGAGCAAGCAGACCCCCCAUUCUAUUUGCAUGACGAUUUUACUGUAUUUUUCUGAGCAAACAUCUGUCGUGUAUGUGCCAGUUUGUCCAGACUCCCCCGCCCCCUCCCCGACGCCCUCCUUUCCCACAUUGCGUCUGUUAUGAUCUGACGAGCAGCUCUUGAAACCCAGGGAGGGGUCAGCUCUGCAAACACAGACCCAAAACAGGUGCCACCGAGACAGCCCUGCCCCACCUCCUGCCUCUCUGGGCAUUGGGCCCAUAAGUGCCACCUCCCUCCCUCCUCCAUCUUCCCACUGCCACCUCCCUUUUCCCUAGUUCCUUCCCCUCCUCCGUCCCAGGGAGGGCAGCCCCAGGGAAGCCUCCUUGAGGGUCCAUGUCUGGGUGGAAAGGACUGUCCGUCCAUCCUGCUUGUUCCCAUUUUGCAGAUGAGGAAGUCAGGGCUCUCAGACAGGGGCCUGGUGACUUGGCCGGCCAGCUGCGGUGGAGGGUCAGUUACACUGCUAAGUAUAGGAGAUGAGAAGCUUGGGGCUUUGUGGGGGGCUUCAUGGAGAGGCUGGGGGCUUUGAGAAAGGAACUGUGGGAAGAAGGAGCCCGCCUGGGUGGGCUGCAGGGAGGGUUCCCGGCAGUAGGAUCGGGUGCCUGUCCUUGCCGUUUCCCCAUCCUUCCUGCCUGAAGAUCCCUAUCAAAACCUCAGAUGCUCCGACUGCAGGGACAGGGCCCUGUCUGGAGAGCAGGACCCUCAUACUCCGGGAGGGGACUAGCCUUGAAGACUCAGUUCAUGUGGUUCUUUGUGAGGCAGGGCAGAGUCUUAAGACUCAGGUCUCUGGCCUCCCCGGCCAGGCCAGACCCCAGCUUUUCAGCUGGAGGAGGGCCCACCCACCUGGAGGCUGGCCUGCAUCUGUGUCCCGCCUCCCACUCAGGAAGAGUUUUUCCCAGGCAGGAGGGAAGGAUUCACUAAACACGCCUGAACGUUGCCAUCUAGGAGUCUGGUUAAGGUUUGGGUUUGUGAUGGUGAUGAGCAGCACGGUGGAGCUGGGGCAGGCAGUGGGGGCAGACACCCAGGAGAGGAGGGCAGGGGGGCCCGGCGGAGUGAGGGGUUGAGCUAAGCUGGCUGGAGGAAUGUGGGUGCAGUGCCCUGGACCUCUGCGGGGAGGUCUCCUGCCUUGGGCCUGAACGAGGUCACACCUGGGCUUGCCCGUUCCUGGUACCUGUUGGAGACUUACCUCUGAAGCUGUUUCUGGGAAGUAGGGAUGGGCCUGCUCCCUCCUGAAGGGCACAGCUGAUGUGGCUAGCCCUCUGUUGGAGCUCAUGGCCUUCUAGAAGCAAAUUAUGGAGACUGUCAGGAAGACAAGAAAGCCUAGGUGGUGGGGACACCUCUUCAUGGGCCCCGGCCUUUCAGCCUCGCUUCUCCCUGCAGCAGGAGUCGUCUCUCUCUGCCUACCAAUGAUCCCUCCCUUGCGCUCCCCUCCUGGGCAGUGUGGGAGGCCCGUGGGGCAGGUCAGGGCAGCGGGGAGGGUGGGAAUAAAAAGACUCACUUGGGAAGGCAGGACCUGGAUCGCCCCUGAGAGGCUGCAGCGUGGAGUGUCGGGCUGGCCGAAAGUCACCAUGUUCUCAACUGGAAGUUGGUUGCCUUCCCCACCCACCCCCUGGAACUUUAACAGAGGGGGAGACAGAAGUGCAGAGAAGAAAAGGAGAGGGAAGGAAACUUAGAGUCAAGAAACCUGACAGUGACAGUGCUAAGGCCAGGAUGGCAUCAGGAAUUAGGGACAGCAGUGACAGGUCCCCGCUUCUGAGGGGUCUAAGUGCAGGGAAGGGACAGACACAAAGCUCCCUGGUGACUGGUGCCUUGCAGAGAAUUAAAAUGGGGUGAUGGGGUGGGGAGGGCCAAAGGUGGUCAGGGAGCAUCCCCUGGGGGAUGGGGGGGGACAGGGGGCCAAGCUCUGAAUGACCAGAGGAGCCAGAAGGAUGAGUGGGCAGGUGUGAAGACGAGCCUGGAGGGAAUGGGGUUGCAGUGGGUGCCUGUCCCCAAGCACCACCUCCAUCCCCUACCACUCUGCCCCUGCCCAUUCCAGGCCCAGCAGGGUCUCGUCUCCAUGAACUUGGCCCGGGGAAGCCGGUGUGAAGGUUGGGGCAAGGCUGCCCCACCUUACUGCCAUCUCUCCUCUCUGACAAGGUGGCUGCUCCGGAGGUGGCUGAGCUCCAGGAGAGGGGCCCUCCUCUAACCCUCAGGCUCAGAUCCUGUCCUGACACACUCCUUCCCUGACUCUGGGUCCUCCCACCUCUAAGACAGAACCAGGGUGCACACUGCUUGCCUCUGGAGGCAGCCUCAGCCCUCACUCAAGGUCAGGCAGUCCUGCAGAGCGGGAAGGAGAGGAAGGGGUCCGGUAGGGUGGGCAGGAUGGUCUGGGCCUCCUUCCUCCUGCCCCUCUGCCACUCCACCCAGCGCAGGGCCCGGCAGGGGAUUGGAGUUCCUGCAGUGUCGGCCACACAGCCCUCCCACCAUCUCUCCCUCCCUCCCACUGUCCCUCCCGCCCUCCCGAGCCACCAGCCCCCAAGUUGGCUGUGGUUGGGCACCUGGUUUGGGUCCUGCAGAGCUGGGCCCCAGCCCUGGGCUCUGAACCUGUGAACCCUUGCUGUGUACGGACCUUUCCUUCCUCUGAGGGCCUUGAACCCUCUCCUUUUCUUCUCUUUUUUUUUUCGGGGGGGGAUUAACUUUAUUUUCUCUUCCCUGUAUCUGCCUCUUCCUCCCCUCAAUUUCCUGUUUUAAAACUCAAUGGCACGAAAUUGUUUUCCUCAACUCGGAGAUUCCUGUAUGGAGAGAAUCAAUUUCUAUAUUUGCAAUAAAUUUCUUAUUUAAAGCUA